CUGAUCCUGGCCCCGGGCCCAGAAGCGGGAGUCUAACCCCGCCAGGGCGGGACGGGCCAGUCUGCAGCCUGCCCGGCUGCCCGGCCUCCGCUGCCCGUCUCCUCUGGGCGUGUGCGCGCGCAAAGGUUGCGCCCAGCGCUCGCUGCAAGAGGCAGAGACGGGCAGGGCAACUCUCCCCGGUCUCAAAGCCGGAUAUGUAGUGUCAGUGGCUGGAGGAGGAGGAGGGAAGCGGUUUUGUGCUCCCCCCCUUGCCUAGAGUUGCUUGUGACCGGGGAGGCGGGGGAAGCGUUUUGGAGCCGGGAAUUGAUCGGAAACGAUUCAACUGUACAUACAAUCGCCUGAAUAUACAUGCAUAGAAUUGGGAAUGCAAGUGGUGAAUAAUCACACAAGGCUAGAUUCUUCCAUCCUUGCUCACAAUUUAGAAGGAACCUGACUGAAGAAUAAGAGCUAGAAAACAGUGUCCCUUUUUGUUUCAUCUGUCUUCCUGUUCAAAACUCUGCUCUGAAUGGGUGGUCAGACGUAAGGUACCUCCUGUAGGAAAUCAGAAGAAGGACAGCGAGAGAGCGCACCAUGUCUUCAAUUGCAGCUUAUUACAAUGGAAAGACCGUACUCAUCACAGGAGCCACGGGUUUUAUGGGCAAAGUACUGAUGGAAAAGCUACUGCGCUCCAGCCCUGAUGUGGAAGCUGUUUAUAUCCUUGUGAGGCCAAAGGCAGGACAAUCAAUGCAGGAGAGAGUGGCAAAUAUGGUGAAAUCCAAGGUCUUUGACAGAGUCCGGGAAGAUUGCCCUAACUUCCAGGAGAAGAUUAAGCCCAUUAAUGCAGAACUCACUCAGCCAAAUCUGGCCAUCAGCGCCAAGGACUCACAGGAGCUCCUGUCCCAGGUCAAUGUUGUCUUCCACUGUGCAGCAACAGUUCGCUUUGAUGAGCCACUAAAACAUGCCCUGCUGCUGAAUGUCAUGGGCACACAACAGCUCUUACUGCUGGCCCGGCAGAUGCAGAAGCUCGAGGCCUUUAUCCACAUCUCCACUGCCUAUGCAAAUUGUAAUAAGAGAAAUAUAGAUGAAGUCAUCUACCCACCACCUGUUGAGACCAAGAAGCUCUGCGACUUAGUGGAGUGGCUGGAUGAAUCUAUCAUUCAAGAGAUCACACCCAAGCUGAUUGGGGACUGGCCCAAUACGUAUACAUACACCAAAGCCUUAGCAGAGUACCUGGUCCAGCAAGAGAAAGAGCACUUCAACAUUGCCAUCAUCAGGCCAUCCAUCGUGGGAGCCAGCUGGCAUGAGCCUUUCCCAGGUUGGAUUGACAACUUCAAUGGAGCAAGUGGAAUGAUUAUUGCGGCUGGUAAAGGGAUUCUGCAAACUCUCAAAGUCAAUAAUGAUGCAGUAGCAGAUCUAAUUCCAGUAGAUGUCGUCAUCAACCUUAUCCUAGCAGCUGGGUGGUACACUGCAGUUCACAGACCAAAAACAAUGAUGGUGUACAACUGUACAACAGGUGGAAUCAACCCUUUCUGCUGGGGAGAGAUAGGAUACCAUGUCAUAUCCACAUUCAAAAGGAACCCCCUUGAGCAGGCUUUCAGAAUACCCAGGGCUCAGACGACCUCAAACCACCUGAUAAACCAGUACUGGAUAACUGUCAGUCAUAAGGCUCCAGCCAUGCUGUAUGACUUCUACUUGAGAUUAACAGGAAGAAAGCCCAGGAUGAUGAAGAUCUUCAAUCGGCUGCACAAGUCUAUGAUGCUUCUGGAAUAUUUCACCUGUCAGUCCUGGGAGUGGUCUUCAGAAAAUAUGAACAUGUUAAUGACCCAGCUCAGUCCAGAGGACAGGAGAUUAUUCAACUUUGAUGUGCGUCAGCUGCAUUGGUCGGAAUACAUUGAAAAUUACUGCAUAGGUGCGAAGAAAUAUUUGCUGAAUGAGGACAUGUCUGGGAUUCCUGCAGCAAAGCAGCACUUACGAAAGCUAAGGAACAUCCAGUAUGCAUUCAACACCACCCUCCUUGUGAUCAUCUGGCGCAUUUUCAUUGCAAGGUCGCAGAUGGCGCGCAACAUCUGGUACUUUGUUGUGAGCCUCUGCUAUAAGUUCCUUUCCUAUUUCAGGGCAUCAAGCACCCUCAGGCACUGAAAUAGUCAGUCAGCGGCCAAAAGGACCUUCCUCUCCUCUAAACAGCAUCUGUGGGCAUCUGGGCUUGAAAGUAGCAGGGAAUCCACCACCACCAACAGUUGCCUGCAGUCAAUGUGUCCUGUUACUAUGACCACAAUUAUCUUUUUACUAAUGCUUUAAUAUGCAAACUUUCUUCCAUAGGACCAUGCUAAUUUUAAAGCCAUAACUGAAGCUUUAGGCAUGGGCUAUUCUGGGUCUUUUGUCUAGAUUCUGGUGUGCAAGAGGAUGGAUUAACCAAAGCUGCCAUCUUUCCAUCCAAAGUCUAAGAGCUAGACACUCUCAUCCCCACCUCCCUCCUUAAUAGUUGCAAAUGUUAAAAUAAUAGAAAUUAGGAAAGGAAUAUGAUAAGACAAGGAAAUAGAGAAAUAAAUCAGUGAGAGGUUUUCUUAAAUGCAAUUCACAAGUUUAGUUCAAUGAAACCAACAGGGCCAAAUACCUUAUUAGAUUGUGAAACCACAUUUUCUAUGUCACUCAGACCUAAAGGAAGUAAGGAAAAGUAAACUGUGGAAGGCUGAUAAUGUGGUUUAGAUCUCUAUCUCAGGUUGCCAAGGACUGAUAUUUUCAAGCCCUGAUUGAUGAGAUAUACAGAAGCUGUGUACAUUUUUUAUCAGCAUGAACACACACACAAGUGACUUUACUAUGGAGAAGCAUUAAUCUCUCUAUAAUUUGUCUUCCAUUAAAAAGCCCUCUUUUAUCACCUCUAUAGCUUUUGCUUGGAAAAUUUAUGUGGCCUGAGAGGAGUUGUAUUUACUCUCAACAUGAAGGAGAAUGUGUGUGCAAACCUUGAAAGAAAACAAAGGUAUUUUUGAAUCAGUCAUUUAAAAAAAAAGAUCACCAUGCUUUGAAAUUCUGAUUUUUGGCUAACAUUUAUUUUGUCUAGCUGAAAAACAGCUUGUUACUCCCCUUUCAAACUUUCCAUAUCAUUAAAUUCCCCUGAAAAUUCAUGCACCCACUUUGUUGAAGAAAGUGUAAUUAAGCAAAAUUAGUAACAGUGUUUUGUUACGGAUCAUGCAUCCCAGUCUUGCUCCCAUUGAUGUCAGUCUGAGUAACAGGCCCAGUCCUGUUUUCAUGGACAAUAGGCAUUAUUUUUCAUUGACUUCUGUUGGAGAGGGAUUGCAUGUGAUAUAUAAAGAGCAUAGUGCUCUAGCAGCUUGCUGCAGCUUAGAAGGCAGACAAGGAGUUGCAACUAGGAUCCCAUUGAAAGGCUGAUUUUUUGUACCAAAAAAACCCCACCACAUUAUUAAGCUUUCAGUUUUUAAUGAUUGUCUCAUUGACAACUGGAACAUUUUCUUUACAUUUGGUGAAUUGAGUGAGCAUUUGUUAAGAUUAAAAGACUUUAAAAUGACUCCUUUUUAAAAGUGUUUGCAAGUUUUCAAUCUGUCUAACUUUGUGCCUUCUGCCUCCCAAGCAAGUAACAGUGCAUCACAAAAUGUGAUACCAGAAGCAGUUUAAGGCCAAGAAUAGACAAAUGUCUAUGAAGUGGCCAUUAUUUCGAAAUUAUACCUGCUUCUGACAGUGGGGGGAAAAAAAUCAUGGACACAAGCAAUAUUUCUUUUAAAAAGUGAAAAGAACGAGUGAAGUUACCUCUCCUUCCCCAUCCUCCACAGGACCAUUUUCCAAAUGAGAGUAACAGAGUUUAAACACGUUGCCAAAGGAGGCUUUUGGUGGAUCCCAGAAUAUAGACACUCCUCCCCCAGCUCUCUGAAAUGGUAAAACCACUUCUUUUCUCACUAGACCACAGUACCUCUCAUACAGAUUGCUUCAAGUCUCUGUCCUUAAGUGUAAAAUGGGCUACUAAUGCUUAACCACCUUUGUAAGGUGUGUUGAGAUCUUAGGAUGAAAAAGUGCUUUGUAAAUGCAAAACUUUGUUACCCCACCUGAAAAAACGUGGCUAAGUAAGACACAGAGGUUCAGUGAGGUGUCUAGCCAGCACUGCAUCCUACUGGCUUAGCUGCUGCUGCUUGUGCAAUCAGGAGAUGUGGUUUUCUAGCCUUGGAUUGGACAUGUCGUGUGCUAUGACUCUUCAGCAGUGUCUGGAGUGAAGGCCAGGUGCACUGUACCUGUAUGCAUCGCUAACGUAGCUACCUAGUGAAUGCGCCUAAAUUGUCAGGUCCACAUGGAAUGAGGCAAGGCUGUCUCUGCAGGAUGCAUUGUUAGUUAGACCUGCACCUAGGGUGACCAGAUGUCCCGAUUUUAUAGGGACAGUCCUGAUUUUUUGGUCUUUUUAUUAUAUAGGCUCCUAUUACCCCCCCCCACCCCCAUUCUUAUUUUUCAUACUUGCUGUCUGGUCACCCUACCUGCACCACUCACUCCUUUAUUUUAAUAAUCAGGUGGCACAUUCAUCCCACUGAUUUAAAACACUAUCUUCAUUUACCUGCACACAAGAAAAAAUGAAAUGUUAAAAAUAAACAAAACCUGGGUCAUUCUGAAAACAAAAAACUUCACCAAAAAAGUCCAGUUAAGGAUGCUAAUUAGCACCAAUGAACUGACCAAGCACAUUUACAAAAUCCAAGCACUUAAAAAGAAAGAAACAAAUAGCUAUGGCAAUUUUAAAUCUUACUCUGCCCACAUAAACAAAGGACCCAAUCCUACAAUCAGAUGCACCAGGUCAAACCUUUCAGCACACGUGGAGCUCCAUUGAAAGCAGUGGUACUCUGAACAUAUCUGAUGUGAAAGAUCUACACAACACACAUUAUUUUCACAGAUUCUGAGUUAUAUUGA